AUAAUAUAUAAGAUAAGAUAACUAUUGGGUGGGCUUAUUCAACCAUUCGCCAUAUAUAGAUCCAACCAUUUGCCAAAUUGCCAUAACAGUUAUAGAUCCAUUUACAGACAUAUUGUGAAACAAUAGCUACAUUUGCAGAAUGGCAAGUGAAAACAUUAAACUCCCAUAUAAAAGCAUCAUCGAUGGUGGACUACAACCUGGCAAAAGCUUCUUAAUUCGAGGCGUUGUCAACCCCAAUCCUUAUAGAAUAAAGUUCAAUCUACGCCACAGAUUUGGGAUUGCAUUUCACUACAAUCCCCGUUUUGAUCAGAAUAAAGUAGUGUGCAACACUUGGGAUUGUGGGUGGGGUGAAGCAGAAUAUUCUGCAUCCGUGCCAUUUGUAAAAGGUCAACCCUUUGAGGUAACCAUUUAUUGUGCUUCCAAUCAUUUCGACGUGUCAGUGGAUGGCAAACAUGCAUUCACUUACGCAUAUCGCUUCCAGAAAUUAAAUGAAAUUGAUGUAUUUGAGGUUUUAGGGGAUGCACAGUUGACUUGUGUGCAGGCAGCCUAACAGGAGUUUAAGGUCUUUAAGCCACCUAGAGCUGUUAAUUUUUGCUCAAUUUGCUUGGUUAUUGAGCUCAAUGUUAUUUUCAUAAUUAGAAAGGUAGAAGGUAUGAGAAGGGCCAUAAAGCUGAGACCCUGGAAGGCAUUGCAAUAUGCUGUUCACUAAAUAAUGAAAUUAAUAAUAAAAAAUAAUUAAUAAAAAAUAAAGUUACUAAACUUAAUGAAAUGUUUACUCAAUGCUCAAAGUACAUUCAAUUUUUUUUUAAUUCCUCAUGUGUUUGAAAAAAUCCCAGAGUUUAUUAAUAUGUUGCUUGUUAAUCUUAAGUUGAUUGAUAUUUAUAAUGUUGAAAAAAAAUCUGUGGUUUGUUGCAAUCAUUAAAACAACUAUAACAUUUGAUAAAUUAGAUUAUAUAUCUAGGGGUACUGGAUCACAAGAACAUAAGUAAAAAAAAUGUGUAUGUUGGCUGUGCUUAGGCUUACAUUACAAACUGUGUAAUACAAUUAACAAUACAUUCAUGUAAUAAUUUUUUUCUUGUAUGCAUAUGUGUCAUGUCUCUGUGUUUUACCCAAAUC